AGUGACAAUUGCUUGGUUAAAUAAGAUCUCCUAAAGAUAACGUUCUUUAAUCUCCAAAGAUGACAGCUGUUGCAGUGCUAGAGGAGACGCUAGUGUCAAUUGAGAAUGAGCUGCAAGCAGUGGAGAUGCAGAUACAGGAACUUGUGAAUAAGCAGCAGGAACUCCUUCAAAAGAAGAUGAGAGUAAAGGAUCUGAUAAAACAGUCCUCAGGAGACUUGGAGGCAGGUGGAAGUAAAGACACUGAAGCCUCAGCUGAGGAAUGGAACAAAAUAGAUUUUCCGUGGUAUGAGAAGCUAAAAACUGCACUGCAGAGCAAAUUUAAACUCCAUAAGUUUAGAUCACUGCAACUUGAGACAGUAAAUGCUGCAAUGGCAGGAAAGGAUAUAUUUCUUGUCAUGCCUACAGGUGGUGGGAAGAGCCUUUGUUACCAGUUACCAGCUGUCUGUUCUGAUGGUUUCACGCUGGUGAUAUGUCCUUUGAUAUCUCUCAUGGAAGAUCAGCUCAUGGUUUUGGAACAGCUUGGUAUUUCUGCAACCUUAUUAAAUGCCUCAAGCAGCAAGGAACACGUGAAGUGGGUCCACAUGGAAAUGGUAAAGAGGAAUUCACAACUGAAGCUUAUUUAUGUGACCCCCGAGAAGAUUGCAAAGAGCAAAAUGUUCAUGUCCAAGCUGGAGAAAGCUUAUCAGGCUGGGUGCCUGACUCGCAUUGCUGUGGAUGAGGUGCAUUGCUGCAGUCAGUGGGGCCACGACUUCAGGCCUGACUACAAGUCUCUUGGUAUCCUAAAAAGACAGUUUCCCAAUAUCCCCUUGAUUGGAUUGACAGCAACAGCUACCAAUCAUGUUUUAAAGGAUGCUCAGAAGAUUUUACAUAUUCAGAAGUGCAUUACCUUUACUGCUUCCUUCAACAGACCCAACCUUUACUAUGAGGUUCGGCAUAAGCCUUCAAACAACGAAGACUUCAUUGAGGACAUAGUUAAGACCAUUAAUGGAAGAUACAAAGGACUGUCAGGAAUUGUUUACUGCUUUUCUCAGAAGGAUUCUGAGCAAGUUACUGUGAAUUUGCAGAAACUGGGAAUCAAGGCAGGGACUUACCAUGCAAACAUGGAUGCUACAUAUAAAGCCAAAGUUCAUAAAGGAUGGGCAACAAAUCAAAUUCAGGUUGUAGUGGCAACUGUUGCUUUUGGCAUGGGAAUUGAUAAACCUGAUGUAAGGUUUGUAAUUCAUCACUCUAUGAGCAAGUCCAUGGAAAACUACUACCAAGAGAGUGGACGUGCAGGUAGAGAUGACCAAAAAGCUGACUGCAUUCUAUAUUAUGGGUUUGGGGAUAUAUUCAGAAUCAGCUCCAUGGUGGUGAUGGAAAAUGUUGGCCAAGAGAAACUGUAUGACAUGGUAUCUUAUUGCCAAAAUAUGAACAAGUGUCGCCGAGUACUCAUAGCCCACCACUUUGAUGAAGUGUGGGAUUCUGCAAACUGCAAUAGAAUGUGCGAUAACUGCUGUAGAGAGAAAGCAUGUGAGAAGAUGGAUAUAUCAGGAUACUGUAGGGAUCUAAUAAAGAUCAUUGAGCAAGCUGACAGCAUGAGUGAGAAACUCACCCCACUGAAAUUAAUCGACGCCUGGUCUGGGAAAGGUGUGUCCAAAUUCAGGGUGCCUGAAGUUACUCCACCCAAGCACCCCCGAGAGGAGCUGGAGAGAAUUAUUGCCCAUUUACUGCUGCAGCAGUAUCUGAAGGAGGAUUUCAGCUUCACAGCCUUUGCUACAAUAUCCUACCUGAAGGUGGGACCAAAAGCCUGGCUGCUGAAAAACGAGGGACACGUCAUCACCAUAGAAGGGAUAACAAACAGGAGAAGUGUUUUCAAGGCCAAACCAUCUCAAUCUUCAAAUUCAAAAGGAAGCAGAGAAAAUGCCCAGAAUGGAUCAAAGACUGUCCAAGAUUCAGUGAUGAAGAAAUCACAGGAACAUAAACGGCCCAGCUGUGGUCCUAACUUAAAAGCAAAAAAGCCUAAGCUUCAGGCAGGUGGAAAUGACCAACCAGUAGUUAUUGACUGAGUGCCACAGACUACAUUUAGGAUCAUGGUUCUGCUGCAUGGACAAUGCAGUAUGAAAAGUCACAGAAGUCCGCUGCAGUUGGAUAAAUUCUUGCUCUCCUUCUUAUAUAGUGGCGAGAUAGUUCACAUCAAAACAUUACAGAAAAUAGAACAAGUUCUUCAACAGAAGGAAUACAGGGAAUUAAUAUAAAUGACACAAAGGUCCAGUUUCAUUUGAUGAAUGGCAGUUCCAUGUUAUGGAGAAGCAGUGCUCACCCUGCCUCCUCUAAUUCUGAAGACCUACAGCAGUAAAACUUCACCUUUGCCUUCCAAGCUGUUGGGGGUUGGGGUUUGUUCCCUUACUGUCCCAGUUUAAAGAAUUUUUCCCAUUAUUAUGCUAAGGAAGCCUGCCGGGUUACACCCAGGCUCCUUUCAGGACUCGAGACAAAGGGGUAGGUGGGGGGCUGGCUUCCGGGGUUUUUUUUUCCACUCUGGCCGGCGAGGUCUGAGGGAGGAGGACUGCCCCAUCUCCAGCCCACGUGGUCCGAACACCGAGGGAGCGAGGUUCUCUGAGGUCGGACGCUGCCCUGCGUCUGCUCCGCAUCCAGCUACUACCUCUAAGACACAGCUGACCACCAAAAAACCCAAACGGUGAGCGGAGAGCCUUUCCUCUAUCCUUUCUUCUACGUAGGACACAGCUGCCGCUGCUGUCUUCCGCCCCUCCCCUGCCCCCUCCGCAGCAGCGCGGACCCUGCCACGCCUUCCACCACCGGGAACAGACACAGGCAGACUGUCUGCGGCUGAAGAAAGGACUGGAACUGAGUUAUUUGUUUUGUUUUGUUGUUCAUUUUCAUAGCUGCUGUUGUUUCUGUUUGUCCGGUUAGAUACAUUAGUAAAGAGCUGUUAUUCCUACCCCCUUACCUCUGCCUGAGAGUUCCUGAUUCAAAAAUUAUAAUACUUGGGAGGGAGGGGGCUUACAUUCUCUGUUUCAAAGAGGAGCUUCUUUAUUGGCAGACAUCUGUCCUUCAAACCAGGACACAAGCUUAAUUUUCAGUCCAUUAAGUCAUUUCUCAGGUGAAAACUUUUCCACAUCUUUGACUAUAUCUUACUCUUUCCUGUACAAAGAGGAGAAGCUACAGUAGAACUAAAAGAGAAUAAAAAAUAAUUCCUUCGGUAGCUUUCCACUGUACCGUUAUACCAGGUACCACACACACCUUCCCAGGGAAAUUUCUAUGCGUGCCUACUUCCUGUUUAU